GCAUGCGCGUGCAAGGCGCACACGUACCUAGCUACGUACGUGUUCAAAGGCCAGGUACGGUAUGGCUCUAGAUUAUGAGUGGAACUGCCCUUCUUGUACGUACAUAAACAAGGCUGGAAGUUACAAGUGUUUGAUAUGCGGUACUCCGAAAGGCACUUCUACCCGACAAGUGAAGUUUUCUUUUUCAAGCAUAGAGCAGCAGUAUGUUGCUGAGUCACUUCAGACUAUGUCUCGUCAUCAUGGCGGUGGUGCUGGAAAACGAAAGAAAUGUUGUCAGCCAAGUACUUGCAAGAAACGAUACCUAGGUAUCUGUUCGUGUUCUUGGCAUGACCAAGGGAAACUACUUGUGAAGGAGAAUACCGAGCAAAGCCUUGCAGAAAGUAUGGAUAGCAAGAGGAUCGAAAUGGUGGGGAUGUGUAAGUAUAGAUAUUCUGCUCGUCCUGCUGAGCAGAAGGAUGAUAUACAGAAUCUUGUGUUGCAAAGUUCCCAUCGGCAAGAAAUAUGGCCAAAAUUGACAAAGAUUGACCGUUCUAUACAACACUGUCAUUCUAUAUCAGUAAACUCUGUUUCUGUAGUUAUUAAAGAAUACAUGUCAUUUUGAGUAAUGAUAUCCAUACAUCUGCUAGCACGGCAAUUUAGGUAAUAGUUCUCAUCAGGAAGGGGGUGGCUUAUACAAAUAAUGAAAGAGGUAUUGUG